GCCAGGCUCAGCACCGCCACAAACAAUCCAACAACACACCAACACCAACAACACCACUAACAUGCGCGCCACCACCCGCUUCGUUCUGUUCUGUGCGCUCGCUGCCGUUGCAGUGGCCCUGCUUGCUGGCCCUGCAGCCGCGCAGUCCCCAAACAACGGCAGAUGUCCGCCCGUUGAGGAGAAGUACAGCCACUUGACGUCCUGCUGCAGCCGCUACAGCAACGGCGACUGCAGAGAGUGCUGCGAUCUUCAAGCUGCCCGCCGCGUCCUCGUCAUUGCCGUUUCCGUCUCUGUGGCCGUCUUCGUCAUCUGCAUCCUGAUUCCCGUGAUUUACUGCAUGGUGGUUGGCGCGUGCUGCUUCGCGGCCUGCUGCGGCCAUUCCCGCACACACACCACCACAUAUGUGCACUCUGGUCACGGCUACACGCAAGUCGUCUGACGUGACGAUGAUGAUGAUGAUGAUGACAAGGUGUGAUGUGAUAUGGCGCAGCGUGUGCUAAGGCGCACGCACGUCUUUCGCAUUUUCACUUUGUUCCAUGCCCUGUGGCCGUCUUCUUGUGGUGCCUGAACUGCGUGACAUGGUGCUUUGUGAUUCAAUCACACCCACGCACACUGCUCUCCCUGCAAUCUUUGUUUGUUCAUGUGUGUGUGUGUAUGUGUGUGUGUGUGUGUGUGUGUGUGUGUGUGUGUGUGUGUGUGUCGGCGCUGCUGUUACGUGCACGUCAACCCUCGCCUUGUUUCGUUUGCUGUUUGUGCAAACGCCACCGCCUUAACCAACCACACGUGCUGCAUGUCUGCAUGUGUACGUUCUCAUCCUUGCGCGCGUGGCUCUCUGCUUUGCACUGCUUUCACAUGUCCUGCUUUCACAUCCACUGCCUUGCGCUUCAUGCCCUCCUUCUCCUGUCUCGCCUCACUCCCUUCGUGUGUUUCUUGUCUGUUUGUCUGGCUGUGGGAUUCACCAUUCACAGUUCAUUUAAAUGAAACGAGCAAGCAAG